CGUCAGGCCGGUAUUCACAUGUUCAUGGCGUAGAAGUCCACGCCACGCGCUUCAGAAAUUGCACAAUAGUGAAGGAAUCAGAGAAAUAAAAACAUCUGGAAUUGAAGGUCGCACGUCUUCCAACGGUGGGAUCUUGUAAAACCUUGAUUGAAGCGAUCUAGUGGCCUGAAAUCCGAUUUAUCACCGAAAGGCUGUGACUAUAUUUGCGCCAUUUUCGUAGAACUAACUCGAUCGUCACAGACGUAGACACAGUCGCUGGUUCAGUGAAGUGGGUGGGCGAUCGUCGUGACUUCACUGAAAAAAAUCAAAAAAUGGCUGAAGGAGAGUCGAACGCUGACAAAAAUGUCGAAAUGUGGAAGAUCAAGAAGCUCAUCAAGAGCUUGGAGGCAGCUAGAGGAAAUGGCACAAGCAUGAUCUCCUUGAUCAUUCCCCCAAAAGAUCAGAUAUCACGAGUUGCCAAGAUGUUGGCUGAUGAAUUUGGAACGGCAUCAAAUAUCAAAUCUCGAGUCAAUCGAUUAUCUGUUCUUGGGGCAAUCACUUCUGUACAACAGCGAUUGAAGUUAUAUAGCAAAGUUCCACCCAAUGGUCUGGUCAUCUAUUGUGGUACCAUAGUAACAGAUGAAGGAAAGGAAAAGAAGGUCAACAUUGACUUUGAGCCGUUUAGACCUAUCAAUACCUCCCUGUAUUUAUGUGACAACAAAUUCCACACGGAGGCCCUGACGGCGCUUCUAGCAGACGACAAUAAAUUUGGUUUCAUUGUGAUGGAUGGUAAUGGUGCAUUAUUCGGGACCCUGUCAGGAAACACUAGAGAGGUUUUGCACAAAUUUACAGUUGAUUUACCGAAGAAACACGGCCGUGGGGGUCAAUCUGCCUUGCGUUUCGCCCGUCUUCGUCUAGAGAAGAGACACAACUACCUGCGAAAAGUCGCCGAGACAGCUGUCACUUUAUACAUUACCAAUGACCGACCAAACGUUGCAGGGCUUGUGCUGGCAGGAUCCGCCGAUUUUAAGACUGAGUUAGGCCAAUCUGAUAUGUUUGACGGACGGCUGCAAGCUAAAGUGUUGAAAAUCGUAGACGUAUCAUAUGGUGGUGAAAAUGGCUUCAACCAGGCAAUAGAAUUGGCAGCAGAGUCGUUAGCAAAUGUCAAAUUUAUUCAGGAGAAGAAACUCAUUGGCCGCUACUUCGACGAGAUAAAGCAGGACACGGGGAAAUAUUGUUUCGGUGUUGACGACACUUUAAAAGCCUUAGAAAUGGGUGCAGUGGAUAUGCUGAUUGUUUGGGAGAAUUUAGAUAUAAUGCGAUUCGUUCUGAAGAAUCACAAUGUUGAUGAGGAGCGAGUGCUGCAUCUUAGUCCAGAACAAGAGAAGGACAAGACACAUUUCCUUGAUCAAGAGACCGGAGUAGAACUUGAAUUGGUCGAAAGUAGUCCUUUGUUGGAAUGGUUUGCUAAUAACUACAAGAAGUUUGGUGCCACCUUAGAAAUUAUCACCGACCGAUCCCAGGAGGGUGCCCAAUUUGUAAAGGGAUUUGGUGGCAUUGGAGGAAUGCUGCGAUACAAAGUUGACUUCCAGAGCAUGGAAUUGAUCGAUGGUCUAGAGGACAUUGACCUAGAUGACUAUGAUUACUAAACAGACAAGCGGCAAUCACCAAUGGCAGUACAAUCCCUAUUCACGGACAAAGAAUUUAAAUGUAGGAGUAGGAUCCAACUGGAUAAUCCUUUAUGACCCAGUUCUAUUCACUUAAUGAUAGUUUCUAAUGCGGGGAAUCCACCAAUGUGAUUUUGCCUGCAGCAAGCUUGGAGUAGGAGGUGGUCAGUCCUCGUUAUAGUUACCUGUAGGUGACAGAGAGCUUCACUUGCUGUUGCGAAUCAUUUUUCGCAGGGAGGCUGCUGACAAAAUCAGUUAGACCAACUAACUAAAAUUCAACUCCAAAGCAUCUCGCAUCACGGUUGCUAGCACAGAUCAAUUGGUGUGUUUCCCGCUUUACUUGACACAAAUAAAAAGGUGGUAAUUUCCACGUAGAGUUGGCCUGCCUUACAUGUACUUCAAAGAAGUGAAGUAACUGAAACCAGAACAACUAGUUUUUGACACUUCCACAUUUUUGCACCGUGGCCCUCGCCAAAAAUUACUUCCAAAUAGGGAAGAACUGGAUUAGUUGGCAGUAGAUAUUCCACACGAUGUAGAAUUUCAUUUUAGAUUGAGUCUGUGAACUUGCAAAUAUCUGUUUAAAACAUGUAUAAGAAAGCUGAGUUCAAUUACGGUUCUUGAAAUCAUUCAAUGUACGGUAGAACCUCUAUCCUUGAUGGAUAUCCUUGGGACUGACAGAUGCUCUCUUUUUUAGGGAGGUAUCAGAUUGUAUUGAAACUACCCAUUUGGGAUUUUUUAAGUCACUUCCCUUAAUAGGGAGGAUGUCCCGCCAACUGGGGUGUCCACUAAGAGAGGUUCUGCUGUUUAUGUAACACUAUCUAACAAGGUGUUGUUGAUGGCGUUACCUGAAAUACAUUUUGAGUUCAUUAAUUUUAAGAUUCGCUGAAUUUCCUCGAACAUAGAGGAUUGUUAAUAAUCAAAAACUAGCUGAAUAGGUGACAUUCUAAAUGGCUUGGUGCAUGCUCGAAAAAGGCUUUCAAAUACUUUAUGUUAUCAUGUGUUUAAGUUUUGGGGGUUGGAUGUAAACCGAGUAGUUCUGUACAUAUAAGUUUAUUCAGGACAAACAGUUGUCAAUGUGGUAUAAGGUGAUGGUGUGAGGUAUAAGUUCAUAACAGAAAAGUUGGGUUUCGAGUUGUUAAAAGAUCACAGUUGGCUCCCAUAAUUUCCUUUCUUUUCCCAAUUUGAAUGUAGAGUGUACAUUGAGUUUGUCUCUCUGAUUGACUUUCUGAUCAAACAAGCAUUUUCAGUUAUUGCAUGGCAGUUUAGAACUGUGCAGAAACAGAAAAUGCAUUGAACGGUUGUUUAAGGCUGACGUUACAUAGGCCUCAUUCGUUCACUUCCCACAUGUCACGUUCCAGCUUUACUUAACGUUCCUGUUAAAUUGCCAGAUGGUAUACCCUGUUUUGUUGGGUCAGGUUGAUGACCUCGGGUAGAAAGGAGUUAAGAGUGUCUUUCAGAAUUGUAUGCUCUGUUGGCCAGGAGUAGCAAUACGAAUCACAAUGAUUCCAUUAAAGUCUUAAGUAUUAGUUUUGUGUAUCUUGAUUUUGUCUGUCCACUACAAAAUCCUGAAUGGAAAUGUGACUACAUAACAAAAUGAUAUUUACUACUCUGUCCAAUUUGGAAAGACAAGAAAAACGGAGACUAAUUUGUAGUGUGUGAAAUUAAAUUAGUUUUGGCCUUUUCAAAAGUGAGCUUUCUAGUAAUGGAAGGUUUCCAUGCACAUGUGUCCAUUCCUUUGCUUUUCGUUUAUGGAUAUUGCCAUUGGUGUCAUUGUUCUUGUCGGCAAAUAAUAGCGCUAGCUAUGUUAAGGAAGAAAUAAAAGUACAUUCUUUUCUUGCCUUAAAUCAUUCUCUUCUGUAAACAAUACACAUUUAGGUCAUAAAAAGUUAUUUUUGCAAUUUUUUUUAAUCAGACUGCCUUCGGUCAAAAUUUAUAUACUCUAUUGCAGGUAAUUGACACUGCUUCUCAUUCACCUCCCAGCAAAGAAAUUGCGCUGGUGAACCAGCUUUGUUUUUAGUUUUCGACACUUGUACUGUUCUUGCAGUAAUGUCAUGCUCACUCUAUCUGGUCACCAGUACAGGAAUGUAUUGGAGCAGAUGGAUUGCUCGCAUCUGAUCGUAAAUUACAUCGUAAAUGUGAUUGGAUGGCAAUUCAUAGACAGAUUUUGGUGUUUGGAUGCUCACUCAAAAUUCAAAUGAAACUUGGGGGGGCGUCAAGUAAACAUUUGGUGCCAACAUGUACGUGAAAUGUAUCAUUAUCAGAUAUGUGAGAACAGGAGGUUCUGUCUGAAUUAAUGUCAAUGAAAUGUACAUGUAUUAUGCAAAGUUCGUAGAACUUAUGAAUCUGGUAUCCUGUGUAAAAUUGUGGUCAGCCUUUGUUUCUUUAUUAAAGCAGGAGUGUGGUAGGUUCUGGUUGAAAAUAUAAGCCAUGGUAUAAAAGAUGCCAUCUCCACCAUAUUGGGCGGCAAACAUGUGACAAGGAAUAGCAAAAAAGAUGACUUUAUAUGUAGGAUAUAGCAGCACUCUGCUCUGCGACAGCACAUACCAAAUGAAAUUUUGUAAAGUUUAUGAGCAUGUCGGCUGUUGCCCUGGUGUUGGGACAAGUCAUUUUGUCCUGUAUGCCUUCAUGUUCGCUGUCCACAUUGGUGGCCCUGCAUUUCAUAUGUUGGCAAUUUGAUUUAACAACACCUGCUUAUCAUUAUUCGUAACACAGUUCCUUUCUGCACUAAUUGGAGAAUCAUGUUCUAAAUGAUGACCCCCUGCUGUAUUUUAAUCAUUUCACCAAUAAAAAUAUAUUAUUUA